AUGACAAAAGGCUCAGCACAACGGCUCAGUGGUAUGAAAGUCGGGGAAAGCCCGGCCUGCACAGCUGAUGGAGACGAAGAAGGGCGAAAAGAGGCAGUCUACAACAAUGCCGACCAAAUAAUUCACCGCUUGGCAAGCCGUAUCUCUGAGAAUACCGUGGUCAUGGAAGUAGACGAAAGUUACAACGACAUUUUCCAUCCCCUCCGCGGCUCGAAGCUUGACCCUCAGUGCUCCAGCUUCGACACACGAGCUUGGGUAGAAGCUCUCGUUCAAUAUGAGAGUGUUAAUUCGGAAUCAGGGCGACGCCGGAGGUCCGGCGUAUCUUUCCGCAAUCUCGAUGUGUAUGGCUUUGGCAAGUACACGGACUAUCAGAAAACCGUGGGAAAUAGCAUAUUAUCGGUGAUAACACCCAGACGCAAACAUCGGAUUGAUAUUCUCCACGACUUGGAGGGGAUUGUCAACACCGGCGAGAUGCUUCUGGUUCUUGGACCUCCUGGCUCCGGGUGUUCGACGUUCCUAAAAGCAAUUUCAGGCCAUAUGAAAGGGCUAUUCUUGGGCGACAAAGUCAGGAUGAAUUAUCGAGGCGUUUCCAGCAACGAAAUGCACAAUCGCUUCCGCGGAGAGGCUAUUUUUGCAGCUCAUGCCAGAGCACCGCGGGAGUUGCCAUGCGCGCUGAAGGUGAAGGAAUAUUCCAUGCUCCUGCGGGAUGUGAUUAUGGCCACUUUCGGUAUCUCGCAUACAAUGAACACCGUCGUCGGAAAUGACUUCAUCCGGGGGGUUAGCGGAGGAGAAAGAAAACGCGUGAGUAUUGCCGAAGCAGCGCUGAGUGAUGCCGCGCUGCAAUGCUGGGACAACAGUACCCGUGGUUUGGACAGCGCCAAUGCUGUCGAAUUUUGCCGAACACUUCGUACGGCCACAGAACUCCUACAGUCAUCUGUCCUGGUCUCUCUAUAUCAAGCGCCUCAGGAGGCAUAUGAUAUCUACUUUGGACCAACAUCUGGAGCCCGCGCAUACUUUGAAGAACUGGGGUUUGAGUGCCCCGAGCAGCAGACGACACCGGAUUUUCUUACCUCAAUGACCAGCCCCAAGGAACGUCGCGUGCGGCCGGGGUUCGAAUAUAAAGUACCCGUCACUGCAAUGGAGUUCGAAGCACGGUGGAAGGAAAGCAAACAGCGCCAGCAGCUAGUGGGUCGAAUCGAGGCCUACAACAAUAAGUAUAGUCUCGGGGGCGAAAGUCGCGACGAGUUCGUGGCCUCGCACGACACUAACCUGGACCAGAUUUUGACGUUAUACGAGCAACGGCCGGUGGUGGAGAAACACAAGCAAUUUGCUCUUUAUCACCCAUCUGCAGAGGCUCUCGCCAGCAUGAUGAUCGAUAUCCCGUAUAAGUUGCUUAACACGCUUUUCUUCAAUCUAACGUUGUAUCUGAUGGCUAACCUACGGCGAGACGUGGGGGCGGUGUUCUUUUUCCUCUUCAUUGCCUUCCUCAGCACGAUGGUCACAUCGAGCUUGUUCCGGACAAUUGCAUCAGUGUCGCGUACAAUGUCACAAGCAAUGGUGCCAGCUGCCUUACUAGUUUUAGGUCUGAUCAUGUACACUGGCUUCACAAUGCCAACUAUGUAUAUGCGCGGAUGGUCACGGUGGAUAACUUAUGUUAAUCCGCUCAGUUAUGCCUUCGAAUCCUUGAUCAUCAAUGAAUUCCACAAUCGUGAAUUCUCGUGCUCGGUUAUUGUUCCCUCUGGACCAGACUACAACGCUGUUGGCAUCAACAACCGGGCUUGUGCGGAGGUUGGAAACACAAUUGGUACAACCACAAUCCAGGGGGACAUAUAUAUUAACGACAAAUUCGGUUACCAUCAAUCCAACAAGUGGCGGAACGUAGGAAUUAUGGUCGCAUUUUGGGUCAUUUUCACAACCGCUUACCUGGUCGCGACUGAGGUACUCAGUAUGGCUAGGAGCAGGGGUGAGGUACUCAUCUUUCGUCGUGGCCUUCUUGACAAGAAGAAGUCUACAUUGCGCAUGGCCAACGUCGACGAAGAAGCUGUCCGGCCGCCGACGGUCACGAUGGUCCAGUUAGACGACAUCCGAAAGACGAAUGCUUUGCAGGGCAAAGGCCAUAUAUUCCACUGGCAAGAUGUAUGCUACGAAAUAAGAAGUAACAAAGAGGUUCAGCGGAUCCUCGACCACGUCGAUGGAUGGAUUCAACCUGGGACUUUGACUGCUCUGAUGGGUGUGUCAGGUGCCGGGAAAACUACCUUACUCAACGUUCUCGCCAAACGCGUGACCACUGGCGUUGUUACCGGUGAUAUGCUCAUUAACGGCGCGCCCAAUGAUACUUCCUUCCAGCGCAAAACAGGAUACGUGCAGCAGCAGGAUGUUCAUCUUUCAACGUGCAGUGUGCGAGAGUCACUCGAAUUCAGUGCACUUCUCCGACAGCCUGCUAGCCUUCCACGGGCGGAAAAGCUCGCCCAUGUGGAGGAAGUGAUUAGGCUCCUCGAUAUGCAAGAGUAUGCGGACGCCAUUGUUGGUGUUCCUGGUGAAGGGCUGAACAUCGAACAACGCAGACGCCUUACCAUUGGUAUUGAAUUGGCUGCGAAGCCUGAAUUGCUCCUUUUCUUGGAUGAGCCAACUUCUGGGCUGGACUCACAGACGUCAUGGACUAUCUGCCAGCUGCUGAAACGCCUUGCACGUACUGGCCAGGCAAUUCUGUGCACCAUUCACCAACCAUCAGCUAUUCUGUUUCAGCAAUUUGACAACCUGCUGCUUCUCGCAAAAGGCGGUAAAACAGUUUACUUUGGAGAAAUUGGGCAUAAUUCAGCUACGCUCAUCCACUACUUGAAGACCAACGGAAGAAAGCAGUGUUCUCCCGGCGCCAAUCCAGCAGAAUGGAUGUUGGAAGUGAUCGGCGCUGCGCCAGGAUCAGAUACCAUUGUCGACUGGCCGAAAGUCUGGAAAGACUCGUCCGAGUACAAGGCUGUCAGAGAAAGAUUGCACGAACUCCGGGCACUUGGAAAUACCAUAGGCAUAACACGUGACAUGCGGCCAUCGAGGAAGCCAAACAAUAGGGAUUAUGCUUCGUCUUUCCUGCAACAGUGGUGGCUCGUCCAAAAACGUGUGGCAGCCCAGUACUGGCGAAAUCCGUCUUAUAUAUAUUCGAAAGUCUCCCUUACCGUGGGAUCAACUUUAUUCAUUGGCUUCAGCUUCUACAACGCGCCGAACACCAUCCAAGGGCUUCAGAACCAGAUGUAUGCAGUGAUGAUGUUGUUGAGCAUGUUCGGACAACUCAGCGAGCAGAUUAUGCCUCAGUUCAUCGAACAGCGAGAUGUUUAUGAGGCACGUGAGAGGCCCUCCAGAAUGUAUGAAUGGAAAGUCCUGAUGCUGAGCAACCUCGUGAUUGAGAUUGUCUGGAACUCAUUGAUGGCGGUGGUGGCCUAUUUCUGCUGGUACUACCCCAUCGGACUGUAUCAAAACGCUAUUGCCACCCACCAAAUCGCCUCGCGUGGCUGUCUGAUGUUCUUGUUUACCUGGGCCUUCAUGAUGUUUACAAGCACCUUUACCCACACUCUCAUUGCUGGGAUGGACAGUGCCGAUUCGGCUGGUAGUGUUGGGAAUUUAUGCUACAUGCUCUGUAUCACUUUCUGCGGUAUUCUCGUCAAAAAGACUUCGUUGCCCGGCUUCUGGACAUUUAUGUACUAUGUCUCGCCGUUUACCUGGCUGGCCUCGGGUCUUCUCUCGACCGGUGUCGCAAACGCGGAGAUCGAAUGCGCACCUAAUGAGUAUGUCAAGUUCCUCCCACCAAGUGGACAGUCGUGUGGCUCGUACAUGGCCUCUUAUAUUUCGUCAUCUGGCGGGUACUUGAUCGACCCGCGUAACACCGAGGGCUUUAAUAUCCGCUUUGAGGGUCGCUGGAGAAAUUUUGGCAUUGUUCUGGCAUAUAUUGUAUUCAAUGUCAUGGCAGCUUUUGCUAUGUACAAACUAUUUCGCGUGCCAAAGAGGAGGAGGAGGUGA